AUGAGAACCUUCGCGCCUAUGGCCUCUCGGCAGCUCUUAAGGUCCCUGUCAGUACAACCCUUUGGAAGACGACGACUCUCGACCGCAUCACGCCGCACUGUCGCCCAGUUUCUCGAGACCAAACCAAAUUCAGAACUUAAAGAUGUUAUUGUCAAUGGAUUUGUUCGGUCCGUCCGAAACAUGAAGACGGAAAGAUUCGUCAAUGUCGGCGACGGCUCAACACGGAAGCCCCUCCAGGCUGUGGUCUCCAGGGACCAAGAGGAAAGCUCAAACCUGCGAGUCGGUGCUGCAGUCCGCCUACGGGGUUCCUGGAUCCCUUCCAAGACGGAGGGUCAAAGUCACGAGUUGAAGGUCGAUCACGUCGAGGUUCUUGGUCCUUCUGAUGCCAAGACUUUUCCUAUUCAGAACAAAUAUCAAACGCCGGAAUUCCUCCGAUCGAUGCCCCAUCUUCGACCAAGAAUCCCGUUGAAUGCCAACAUACUGCGCCUGAGGUCCGAGGCUGUUGCGACAUUGACUCAGUUCUUUGCCUCUCGGGAUUUUGUUCAAACACACCCGCCUAUAAUUACGUCUUCUGACUGCGAGGGGGCUGGAGAGGUUUUCAAUGUUACCACAGGGCCGGCCGAGACAUCACCUUCAGCAACCAAUGGAAAGAACACGAAGCCCGAUCUCUUUUUUCGCUCGCCCAAAUACCUCACAGUGUCCUCUCAACUCCAUCUCGAGGCAUUGGCUCAGUCGCUAGGCCAUGUUUGGACCCUCUCUCCCACCUUCAGGGCAGAGCAAAGUGAUACCACCCGCCAUAUGAGCGAGUUCUACAUGCUGGAAGCCGAAAUGAGCUUCGUGGACGAGCUGGACGAGAUCAUGGAUCUUACUGAGGAUAUGUUGCGUGGGUUAGUUAACGGCCUUUACGACACUCGUGCUGCACAGGAGCUGCGGGAACGACGACCUCCUGGCAAGACACUCACAGCAGAGGAUGAUCUAGUGCCGAUCGAGGAAGUCGAGCGCCGAUGGCUGGGCAUGAUGCAAAACCCAACAUCCAGGUGGCCGCGCAUCACGUAUGCUGAGGCCAUCAAACUGCUCAAGACAGAGGAAGAUCGAUUCGAGCACAAGCCUACCUGGGAGGGAGGCUUACAUUCUGAGCACGAAAAGUUCCUUGCCAAAACCCUGGGUGCCACCAACGAGGCCGGUGCUUACAUGCCCGUCUUCGUAACCCACUACCCUCGAGAGAUCAAGGCAUUCUACAUGCGGAAGUCAGCCGCCUCCAGCACUGGCCAUGGCCAACCUGGGGAGACGGUCGACUGCUUCGACCUGCUGGUGCCCGAUUUAUGCGAGAUCGCAGGUGGUUCCAUGCGUGAACACCGCCUGGAAGAGUUAUUGGAAACCAUGGAGUCUCGCGGCAUGAGUCCGCCUGCCGGUGGCAAACAAGCCGGCAACGCUGGCGGCAAUUUAGAUUGGUACAUUGAUCUUCGUCGUUGGGGCUCAAACCCGCAUGGCGGAUUUGGUCUGGGCUUCGACCGACUUCUCAGCUAUCUCGUGGGAGUCCCGAAUGUCAGAGAUGUCGUGGCCUUUCCACGCUGGUUUGGCCGGUGUGACUGCUAA